AUGAUCCAACCGGACGAUGAGCCGCCAUUGAAUGCCUCCCCGAGCUUCAGCCUCGGCAAGGAAGAGGCCGCAGAAGCUAUGGAUGACUUCGAUACGCAAAGCCGCACGAGUUCCCGCGAUCCCGGUAGCACACAAACCGCCGACCCCGCGCUAGCCGACAACGCUGCACUAGACGCCCACCGUGACGAUAACGCCGACCCGUCCAAUUUCGAUCCCGAUGGCGAUAAGCCAGCCUGGAGUGAAAUGAAGACCAAGGCUGGCAAGGAGAGGAAGCGCUUACCGCUGGCUUGUAUCGCAUGUCGCCGCAAGAAGAUUCGCUGCUCCGGCGAGAAGCCGGCAUGCAAGCAUUGCACUCGGUCUCGGAUUCCGUGUGUUUACAAGGUCACUACCAGGAAAGCGGCGCCCCGCACUGAUUACAUGGCCAUGCUGGACAAGCGACUGAAGCGAAUGGAAGAUCGCGUGAUCAAAACAAUACCCAAGGAGGAAACGAAGGAUAUGACCGCCAUCGGUAGAUCAACUGUGAAGCCCUCGACCGCCAGCCAACCGUCCAAGGCGCAAAAAAAGCGAAGUGCCGAUGAGGCAUUUGCAGCAGAAAUGGAUGGCUGGGCUCGCGGGGACAGGCGGGCGCCUCAAGACUCGUUCCCCAUGAAUCGCGAAGUGAAGUCCACCGACGGGAGUGGACUGUUAACCGAGGGAGCCGAGUUCCUGCCCUCAUUAGAGAUUCAAGAGCACCUUGCGGAGGUGUUCUUUGAUUGUGUCUAUGGGCAGUCUUACCUCCUACUACAUAAGCCUAGUUUCAUGCGGCGCCUAAAGGCGGGCACGAUACCUCCUGUCUUGAUUCUGGCCGUCUGUGCCGUGUCUGCCCGGUUCUCAACGCAUCCGUUGCUCAAUUCGGAGCCGCAGUUUUUGCGCGGAGAGAACUGGGCCAACCCUGCUGCGGCUAUUGCCUUGAGUCGACACGACGAACCGAACAUCACCAUCUUGACUGUGUUUUUGCUUCUUGGCCUCCAUGAGUUUGGGACCUGUCAUGGUGGACGAAGUUGGUCUUUCGGGGGCCAAGCUUUAAGGAUGGCAUAUGCCCUGCAGCUUCAUCAGGAGCUUGAACAAGACCCUAUCCUCGGCCAGAAGACUGGCAAUGGCUCACAACUGAGCUUCACUGAUCAGGAAAUCCGCCGACGCACUAUGUGGGCAUGCUAUCUGAUGGAUCGCUAUAACUCGUCUGGUAGUCAGCGUCCACCGAUCGGAAACGAAAAGUUCCUACAAAUCCAGCUUCCUAUACAAGAAAACCACUUCCAAAUGGAGAUUCCGGGCCCCACGGAAGACCUGGAUGGUGACAUCCUCAAUCCCACACCCGAAGAUUCAGGACAGCUAUCUAAUGCCAAAGACAACAUGGGUGUUUCAGCGUACAUCAUCCGGGCAAUCGUGAUCUGGGGCCGCAUUGUUGACUAUCUCAAUCUCGGCGGUAAAAGGAAAGAUUUGCAUCCACUAUGGCAUCCAGAGUCGGGUUACAGUCGUCUGAAGGGGCAGAUUGAAGAAUUCUCUGCCACUCUCCCCGCCCCUAUGACAUUCACAUACGAAAAUCUGCAGAUCCAUGCAGCUGAUAAGAUUGCAAAUCAGUUCUUGUUUUUGCAUAUCAUCAUGCAUCAAAACAUGCUAUUUUUGAAUCAGUUUGCUAUUCCGUUAUCUCCGGGAGGACGUCCCCCAAGAGAUAUGCCCAGGCCUUUCCUCAGCAAUGCAGGCCGAGCCGCGGUGGAAGCGGCGCAUCAUAUCUCUGUGCUGUUCGAUCGGGCUUCCGCGUAUCCGCUCACUGUCCCAUUUGCUGGCUAUUGUGCCUACUCUGCCAGCACAGUCCAUAUUUGGGGGAUUUUCUCGAAGAAUCCACAACUAGAGGCACGUUCUAAGGAGAGUCUUCGUCACACCUACCGCUAUCUUAACAAAAUGAAGAAAUAUUGGGGGAUGUUCCACUACAUGGUCGAGAGUGCCAAGGAUCGAUAUCGGCAAUUCGCCGAUGCAGCUAUCAAGGGCUCUGUGGCCGUUCAGAAUGGCACUUCGUUAGCACCAAUGUUCCAAUAUGGAGACUGGUUUGCUAAGUACCCCCACGGUGUGUCGAGGGUACACUGGGAGGAUCCUGACACCCGGCACAAGGAGACGGGCGAGGACGCAGUGAUGGGCCAGAAGCCUGAUCUCCAAAGCGUGGAGGAUUUCUUUGCGAGCCUCUCCCCCACACCUCAGUCCAGUGUGCCGCGCAACUCCCGAGCUCGCAGAAAUAGCAAAUUAUCAGACGGCGUCCCAAACAUGGAUCAAACCUCACCACAAUCCAUGAUGGAAGUCACAAUGGGUAACUCAGGUGUCCCAGGCAGUGCAUUCCCACAGGCAUCCACCUUUCACCAAGGCCGACAAAUGCCUUUCGGCCAGCCACCAUUUGACUUCACAAUCCCAACCGACCAACUCCCACAACUGGACCGACAAUUCGUCUAUGGGUCGUUCUCCGAAUUUGACCCUACCUCUUUCGUCCCAAACAACCCCUCCAUUCCACAAGUCAAUGGUGCCGAAGUCCCGAACGCCGGGCAAGAACCCGACCAAGCCCUCUUCACCGGCCAAUUGGACCCAAGUGCACCCGCCGGAACGGGCGAGUUCUACCAGCCCAGCGCAUGGUUCCUCCCCUUCAACCUCGACCCCAUCGGUGGGAACCCACCUCCACAAGCCCCGCCCCCUGUUCCAGGCCCUAGCAACGGCGGAAAUGCCCCUCCUGACAUGCCCCCCGUGCCAGAGUUUGGCGCUGGCGGUAUGCCCUUGAGCGCAUAUGAUCUUGGACUUGGGCAAAACCAGCCACAGUGA